GUUUGUGUAUUCUGAUUUUAGUGCUUAAGAGAAGCUCAUGUUAAGAAGAACAGACGCGUUCGCAUGCAGUUAGCAAAACGCGAUGUUGCAGUCGUUUUGUGGCCACAUUUUAAUUUUUAUUAUCUUCAACUUACUUUUAGAUUGUUAUGGAUACAGUAUUCCACACGUUCAGUUCGACUCCGUUCAUCAGGAACAAGGCGAAUCACUAACACACGCAGCACACCACAAGAUUCGGCAUAAAAAAGAUGAAAAGAAGAUUGACCUACAGCGUGUACCUGAAGACUUAUUAAAGCUACUCGACACGUCUUGUUCGAGAGAUGCACUAGACAGCGCGCCUCAGGUGUUGCAUGGUUUCGCAAAAAGGAUUGCUGAAAGGAAAGGGACUAAAAACCAAAAGUUUCUGGUCAUCCUUUACUUCUGCUCCGACGGAUACGAUUUUGAGGAUUAUGUUGACAAAAUGUACUGUAGCAGAGGGGAGUGGGUUGGAAAAGUUCCAGUUUGCACUGAAGUACCAGGAGAUGACCCUUUCGAUGAAGACGAUGAUGAAUAUGACGAGGAAGAUUACAAGUCUAACGAUAAGGACGAGUACAGCGAAAAAGAAUACACACACAAAGAAGCGCCCAAACCCAUACAAGGUGCAAAGGAGUCUCGCGAGUUCACCACCGAUGCAUCUCACUCCACUCAACCACCGCUGGUUUUCAAUCAAAAGGAAAACACGUUCAAUCCAAUCUUGAACUUCAGUGAUGAUGAAUAUAACGGCUUUAUCACAACAAAGUCGUCGUUUUACGAUGAUGCAUACGAAGAGAGUGACGAACUGGAGAAUUAUGAUGAAGAUUUUGACUACAAAGAAGAACGUUUCGUUAAAAAGGAAGAAUCAUUAACCCCGACAUACAGUAACGAGGUGGAAAAGGAAGGUUCAACACCAAUUUCGGGAUUCACGACUGUCACUGAUGUGGGCUUAGAGACCAGCACCGCUCCUGGUAUAGAGACAACACCUUUUUCUCUAACGACAACUCAGAAAUCAGGGAGCACUACCUUCACUACUGAACACUUUAUCUUUUUUGAUGCUGACGAGAGUACCACAGAAACUCCUAAAGAGCAUACUACUCAUGAAAACGAGGAAGAAAACAAGCUUACAACUACUCAAGUAGCCACCACCACGGCAGCUGUAUUAACUACAAGUUAUCAAGCUCUCACUGAAUCAACUACAAGUGAAGUUUACCUCAGUUCCACAUUGCCACAAGAACAAACUGCAACCGGCGGAUACUACAUAGAUAGUGAAACUACGGAUGCCAUUCCAACCGAGAACACGAUUGUAAAUUCGACGCAACGAACCAGAAUGGUCGAGCUUUAUGACGACGAAGACGCGGAAAUUGAGGGUAGUGGUGCGACAGAUUUGGGGUACGAGCUUACAACGCCACCGGUUGAAGUGCUCUGCUCUCACAACGUCACCAUGGUAAAGGGGAGAAAGCAAUGCGUUUGCUUCGAUGGAUUCGUACUUAAGAGCGAUAACUACACCUGUGAAGAUAUAAAUGAGUGUAGCGCGAAGAACGAGUGCGACCAAAUUUGUCAAAACACCAUCGGUUCCUAUCACUGCUCCUGUCACGUUGGCUUUCAGCUGGUGCAGUCAUUGAAGUGCGUGGAUGAGAAUGAGUGUAUCACUAACAACGAUUGCUCGCACAUCUGCAUUAACAACGUCGGGUCAUACAUUUGCGCUUGUCCUUUUAAUUAUUAUCUGGGUGAUGAUGGAAAGACAUGUUCCGUGGUCAACCCAUGCUUGAUUGACAACGGAAAUUGCUCUCAUCAGUGCGACUACGUUAACGGCACGACCAGGUGCGGUUGUCCCGUUGGAUACACGCUGAGUGGGAGCUCAUGCGUCAGUUUGUACCCGUGCAGUGUCGCAAAUGGGGGUUGUUCUAAUAUUUGCGAGAAUGUCGGUGGCAAGGCGGUGUGUAGCUGUCCUCGUGGAUUUGAAUUGGUCGGUAGGGAGUGCUACGAAAUUGAUCCGUGCACGAUUAAUAACGGCGAGUGUCAUCACCACUGUGAGUACUUUGAGAAGCAGGUGCAGUGUUCGUGUCGCGAUGGUUACGAAUUGAACGGAACUCGAUGCGAGAAAAUAGAUCCUUGUUCUGCCAAUAAUGGUGGGUGUUCGCAUAAUUGCACUGUCACCCUUGAAGGCGAGGCACAGUGCUCGUGUCCAAAAGGAUUUACGCCCGAGGACAAGAACUGUACGAUGCAAGAUCUUUGUGCGGUCAACAACGGUAACUGUAGCGAGAUUUGUAUCAGUGUUGAUGGUAUAGUGGAGUGCCCCUGUCGCGCUGGAUUUCGUCUGAUCGACAACGAGUGUAUGCCAUCAGAUCCGUGUGAGAUUGACAAUGGGGGGUGCUCGCAUUUUUGCAUAAAUGUGGAUGGGCAUGCAAAAUGCGGGUGUGCUGACGAUCAAGUGCUUGUAAACCAAACCAUUUGCAACGAAUUGGAUCCGUGCACCAUCAACAACGGUGAUUGUGAACACGAUUGCGAAUACAAAGAUCAGAAGGUGCACUGCAGCUGCCGAAACGGUUUCAGUGCCGAAGGCUCUUUGUGCUUUAGGUUGGAUCCGUGCUUGGUAGAUAACGGUGGCUGCUCCCAUAACUGUUCAAUCACGGAUGAGGGCUUGGUGCAGUGCAACUGCGCGAGCAAUUACCAUUUGCAGGGUAAUAGUUGUGUAGCGUACAACCCAUGCGAGAUUAACAACGGUAACUGCUCACAUUUUUGUAAAAAUGUCGAUGGGAAACAUAUAUGCCAUUGCCCACCACGACUAAUCUUAAUUAACAGCACAUCUUGCGCCGAACCAAACCGGUGUGAACACAAAAAUGGUAGCUGCUCCCAUAUUUGCACUAACUCCAAUGGAAUACUAAAAUGCGACUGUGCAGACGGUUUGCAAUUGAUCCAUGGCCAAUGCGUCGAAGAAAACCCGUGUACUAUCAAUAAUGGCAAUUGCGAACAAGCAUGUGACUAUGUAAAUCACCAGGUUACAUGUUCUUGUCACACAGGUUUCUACAUGGAGAAUUCAAAGUGUCACAAGUUCAAUCCCUGUCGAGUAAACAACGGAAAUUGCUCCCACUACUGCAAUGUAACCUCGGAUGGACUGGCGGAAUGCUCUUGCCCCGAAGACCACGAGUUGGUUAACAAAACAUGUCACAUCAUCGACGCAUGCCUCAAGAACAAUGGUUUUUGCUCUCAUAUUUGCACAGUCGUAGCCGGAUUCGCGAAAUGUUCAUGUCCCAAAGGUUACAGGCUGAAGAAUCUAAAGAUUUGCAUCAAAAUUAAUCCGUGUAGCGUUAACAACGGUGGUUGCUCACACACUUGCUUCAACGAUAACGGGUCUGCGAAAUGCGAGUGUUCCAAAAAUCACAAAUUAGAGAAUAGCACGUGCGUUCUAGUAAAUCCGUGCCUUAACGGCAACGGGGGAUGUUCCCAUCAGUGCGUGUUUGAGGAUGACGAAAUCAGAUGCAAAUGUCCUUCUGGUUACCAGCUUUACGGUAAAAAAUGCGUGCUGGUCGAUCCAUGCAUGUUCGACAGCGGUGCAUGUUCCCAUACUUGUGUGAAUGUUAAUGGCGAAGCUUUGUGUAAGUGUCCACCAGAUAUGCGAUUAGUGGACAAACAAUGCGAACCGAGCAACCCUUGCUCCAUUAGCAAUGGUGGUUGCUCCCAUACGUGUAACAACCUCAAUGGUGUAGCACUCUGUACAUGUCCACCAGGUUUGGAACUGCACAACCGUCGAUGUGUAAAAAUGAAUCCGUGCUCUACCGACAAUGGCGGCUGUUCUCAUGAGUGCACCAACGUUAAUGGGCAACCGAAGUGUUCGUGUCCUCCCGGUUUAACACUUGAAGGAAAAAUUUGUUCUAGUUUUGAUCCAUGCACCAAGGAAAACGGGGGUUGCUCUCACAGCUGCAUCAAUCACAACGGCAACCCACAAUGCGCAUGUCCGCCUGGAUAUAUUCUCCGCCCAAAUCGGCGAGUAUGCAAGGAGCUCAACCAAUGCCGUAGAAACACAGCCGGUUGCUCCCACGGCUGUAAAAAUGCACCCGGCAGCUACAUCUGCACCUGUCCCACGGGCUAUCGACUGAACACGGACCAAAGAACGUGUCUUGACAUCGACGAGUGCUCAGAAAGUAACGGCCAUUGUGCGCAGAUUUGCCGCAACUAUGCAGGUGGAUACAGAUGCGGAUGUCGACCAGGUCAAGUCUUGAACACAGACGACCGAACCUGUAGGAAGCAAUAUGAACGCUGCAAGCAGCUGUUACCCCCACGUAAUGGCCGUAUUAAGUGCGACACCACUAACAGAAAAGAAUACUUCUUCCAAACCUCCGCCGAGUGUAUCAUAUCGUGCAACUCCGGCUACAAAUUGCAUGGAAAAUCGCGAAGGGUUUGCGACGCCUCCGGUACGUGGGGGAACUACGUCUCCUACUGUCGGCCUGACACCUGUGAGAAACUUGCACCGGUGGCGCGAGGUCAGUGGAGCCCAAUUAAUUGCUCAACAGACGAUCUGCUCAUUGGCCAAACCUGCUCGUUGCAUUGCGAAGCCGGUUACCAACCAACGCGUGGCUAUGAGAGCAUAACCUGCCACGAUAAUCAACGCCUCCACCCUCAACUGGACCGUUCCGCAAUGUGGAGGGCUUGUGUUGCCACCGCCCCUGACCCGUUUAUUAAGUGUCCCAAUGGCGGCCAUUUAAGUUACACUUUGCCACCCGGCCAAAAUUACGUAGAGGUUACAAUCACUCAGCCGGAAACGAACGUGGAUUGGGAGAGACUGGUAAGCUCACAACCGAGUUGGGGCAAGCGACUAACUACUCGUUUACCUCCUGGGCGCAGCGAAGUGCACUUUCACGCUCAAACCCCAUCGGACCGCAAAUACAUCAGUUGUCGCCUUAUUAUAACGGUCUUCGACAAAGAGGCGCCUACGGUUUUAGACUGUCCCCGAGACAUGGAGUACAGAUUAUCCAGGCACGAGCACAGUCUAAUUGUCGACUGGAACGAACCUCGUUUUCAAGAUAACGUUAAAAUAGCCGCAGUCUACAAAUCUAAGGAGCCCGGUUCAAGGUUCGGACCAGGUUUGCACCAGAUAAACUACGUCGCACACGACGAAGCUGGUAAUAAGGGAGGGUGCCACUUUUCUAUUAACAUAAUCAAUGACGAAACCGAAGAAACUAGACCUCAGGAGUACAAAGCUAUCCUUAUUUGUCCCGAUGGCAUUCGCUACAUGUCAAAAAAACCCGAUCAUCACGACAAUGACAUUCUAAGCCAGGAAGGUUGUUACUGGAGUCACAUCAGAGUUAAACGACCAGCAAAUUUACAACAUUUCAAGGAAAUGUCAAGGUCAAGGUUGAACGGCGAUGAGAGAGUGAAAAAACGCCCGUUUUAUUGGUAUCACAGAUGUUGUUAGGAUGUACUUUUAAGUAAUUUUGUAAAAAAUAAACUUUGACCUUUUUAACAUCGA